AUGUCACUAGGCGGUGAGCGAGCCGUCACCGACUGCGCCGACGAGGGAUGCCGGCAGAGUCGACGUCACAUGUCGAACGCCCUGCAUGCGCCAGCUGCCCAUUCGCUCGCCAGGCGUUUGCCAGCCCGCGAACGCGCUUCGGCAGCGAACGUGAAGGAGGUGAUGGACCCGGAAUCGGAGCUUGUUCCCUACACGCCCCGAGGUCUUUUGGUGGCCCUGCACGUCCAGUGA